AUGACGAUAGCUUAUCAGUAUCGAGUGGCCACAGCGAGGCUCGGCACCUUUGUAAAGCUGCUGGGUAUAUGGAAAGGCAGUAUAUAUAAACUAAUGUAUAAAGAAGUACUUAUUUUUAUACUUCUAUACACCGCCAUUAGUUGUUCAUACAGACUGGCUUUAAAUCAGGAGCAGAGAGUAACACUAUUUAUGACGUGUUGCUAUCUCCAUGGAGUUGAUGAAAAAGCCCGGAUAAUGCGCAGAAGUGUUGCGCGGUAUAUGAUGUUUGGUUUAAUACUGAUUACCCGGUCUGUCAGUGUGGCUGUGAUGAAGCGCUUUCCCACCCUGGAUCACAUCGUGGAAUCUGGCUUCAUAUCGAAGGACGAAGCCAUCAUGUACGAGGAGGUUGAGUGUAAGUACAACAAGUUCUGGGUACCGAUCCUGUGGGCCAACAGUAUACUAGUACAGGCACGGAAGGAGAACAAGAUACAGACAGAGUGGGGACUUCGCAUGAUUAUUGAGCAAUUAGCGGAUUUCCGAGACAAAUGUUCUCUGUGCUUUGUGUAUGAUUGGAUCACCGUCCCGUUAGUCUACACACAGGUUGUUACGUGGUCAGUCUACAUGUUUUUCGCGGCCUGUCUGAUUGGUCGUCAGUUUUUGGACCCGGAAAAGAAAUACCCCGGACAUGACUUGGACCUGUAUGUUCCCGUUUUCACACUGAUGCAGUUUUUCUUCUACAUGGGCUGGCUAAAGGUUGCAGAACAACUGAUCAACCCUUUUGGAGAAGACGACGAUGAUUUUGACAUUAAUUGGUUGCUGGACAGACACACAGCGGUGGCGAUGACCCUGGUCGACUACAUGUACGGUAAACAUCCUACACUUAUGAAGGACAUGCACUUUAAUGAAGUGGUGACAGAGCUGCCUUACACUGAAGCAUCCAUAUCGUCCAGGAAACCAGUCUUCCUUGGCUCCACCUACAACCUGACGAUACCUUCUUUACAAGAACAGAGGAUCAUAUCACAGGAGGAAGUUCAUAUGACGUCACAGCCCAGGCGACGGACAUCACACGGCAGCAACUUCGCUGGUUCCAUGUUAAGUCUGCUCACGGGUAGAUCUUCUACCCAGGUGAGGCCCCCGCUAUCCCAGGAUUAUAUUGACUAUAGACAUAUUCCGAACGGUCACAUGGACCAUUUCUAUCCUCAACACCACCAUGACAGGUUCGUAUCUGUCGACAUGGGUCUCCGCAACAACGUUCAGGGUCAAGGGGAGUUUUCCUCUUGGUCUUCGGAUUCCGAACUGCGUAAAGGAAAUAGACUAGAAAGUCACUUCGGAAGGGAGAGAUCUCACACGGACGCGAAUGAACGAGAGUUAGAGGAAAAAGACCUUAAAAAAGAACGCCACCGAAAAAUAAGCUUUCCACUGAGUUUACUGAGAAGACUUCGCUCACAUUCCGAAAAAUCACAUUCUGGAAGUUCUAAAAGUGUUCAAAGUGAUCAUGAUCCGGACGCUACACCGGAAUAUGUACCGUUACGGCGAGCUACCAUGAUACAGGAAGCCAAUAAACGCGCCAAACCAAAGGUGGACCGGAAGCGGAAACUGAGUUAUCCUCUUGGAAUGGUAAAAAGAAAACACAGUGAUUCUUCGGACGGGGGCGUGUCACUCGAUUCAGUUCCGAUAGAACCAGUGACGUCACCGACUAAACCGUCACGAUUUACUGUAGAACACGUGACAGAUGUGCUUGACGUAGAUGAAACAGUCCCCGCCCAUCGGAGAAACGCACAGAUGAUUGAGAAAGCUAUGGCGGGAAAAGCUGUGUCACGUGCGCCGUUGUUGUCUGCCAUUGAGGAAGGUGGUACAAUAACGAGUCUGACACAGAUCCUUUCUAGCGACGACGAGGAGGCCCCCGAGGAGUCGGACAGGAUGGAACUGAUUCCGGAAGUUCACGAGGAUCAACAUCCAGAUGAUUCUAACCUCGACAAAGAGACGACGAUUUCUGUUGAGCGACCAAGCGUGACCAUCCCUCUGAUCACUAUUGACGAUUACUCGUAG